AUGACUAUUAAGUUUUGUCCGCGCUCUUUUGACUGAUUGUAAAUGAUUGUAAACUGUACUGUGGAAUCAUACUGUUCUUGUGCCGUAAUCCAACGAUUCUUGUGCUGAUGUAAGCUGGAAAAUGCGUCGUUGUUUUGCACCGAGUCAGUUGGCUAAACGCAAGAUAAAUGACGAUGACGACCUCGAUUGUAUCCGUCGGGUAAAGAUUUACGAAGAGACGCGGCAAGUUAACUGCGAGAACAUAAGCCAGCACGAAGCAUUUAUUCGGGCAUUAUUAUCCAAACCCUACAAAGUUCCAAUCCCAAAUUAUGUUCCCAGCAACCAAAGCAGAUGCCUGGGACUCAAGCGCACUUCAGGCCCACGUCCACUGCAUGAUCCGGAUGAAGAAAAUGCACUCAUAUUGUACGAACCUCCUCCGCAGACAAAUCAUGAACAACUUUCAAGUACAUCCCGGUUGGUUCACGUUGUUGUGGACCCGAUUUUAACGAAGAUCUUACGUCCACAUCAACGCGAGGGAGUCAAAUUCAUGUGGGACUGUGUCACUGGCAAACAGAUCGAUGGCGGCUUCGGUUGCAUCAUGGCAGAUGAGAUGGGACUAGGAAAAACCCUUCAGUGCAUUUCACUCUUGUGGACUCUUCUACGCCAGAGCUCCGAAGCGGGCGUUCCAACUAUAACGAAAGCAGUUAUUGUGACACCGAGUAGUUUGGUGAAAAACUGGCAUAAUGAGCUAUCGAAGUGGUUGGGUGAUCGUGUCCGUUCGACUGCCAUUGAAAGUGGCUCAAAAUCUGAGAUUGACCGAGAAAUUAGGAGUUUCAUAGGUGCCGCGGGACGUCGGAUUGUCGUGCCCGUUCUCAUUCUCUCCUACGAGACGUUCCGACUUCACGCACCCGCUCUUCACGGCGGCGAAGUCGGACUGGUCAUCUGCGACGAAGGCCACCGUCUCAAGAACUGCGAAAAUCAAACGUAUCACGCUCUCAACGGGCUCAGAACGCGUCGACGAAUUUUGCUUUCUGGGACUCCUAUUCAGAAUGACCUUCUCGAGUAUUUCAGUCUGAUACACUUCGUUAACGCGGGAAUCUUGGGCACUGCGCAAGAGUUCAAGCGAAAAUAUGAACUCCCCAUCCUGAGGAGCCGGGAUUCCUGUUCUACCGAUGCUCAGCGAAAGAUCGGUCAAGAGAGGCUCGACGAGUUGACCACAGUCGUAAACAAGUGUCUCAUCCGUCGUACGAACGCGUUGCUGUCCCGUUACUUGCCCGUGAAAAUGGAACACAUCGUGUGCUGCGGAUUAACAGAGCUGCAGACCAACUGGUACAACCGCCUGGCCGAAGUCAGGGGAAACACCCCAUUGGCGUCGAUAACGCUGUUGAAAAAGCUCUGCAACCACCCAUCUCUGGUUCGCGAGUGCUUCCCGCAAGACCCCGUUCCAUUCCGAGGGAACUCUGUGACUCCGGAACUGUCCGGAAAGAUGAAGAUGCUCGACUGUCUCCUGGCAGCCAUAAGGAGCAUGACAGACGACAAAGUGGUGCUCAUCUCGAACUACACGCAGACUCUGGACGUGUUUGAAAAGCUGUGCUGCGAACGCAGCUACGGAUUUUUCCGCUUGGACGGUUCCAUGUCGAUCAAGAAGAGAGCUAAAAUUGUGGCAGAAUUCAACCUCCCAACAAGCAAGGAGUUUGUGUUCAUGUUAAGCAGCAAAGCUGGAGGCUGCGGACUUAAUUUGAUUGGGGCAAACAGGCUUGUAAUGUUUGACCCUGACUGGAACCCAGCAAACGAUGCUCAAGCCAUGGCUCGAGUCUGGCGUGACGGCCAGAAGAAGCCUUGCUUCAUCUACCGCUUGGUCUCGACCGGAAGCAUCGAGGAAAAGAUCCUCCAGCGGCAGACUCACAAACGUGCACUCAGCAGCUGUGUUGUCGAUUCUGAAGAAGAUGUCGCGAGACACUUCAGCGAAGCUGAUCUUAGAGACCUGUUCCGCCUCGAAGAGGGCAGGAGUUCAACGCACGCUCAACUCAACUGCCGUCGCUGCGUCAACGGCAUUCAGACUCAGCAGCCUCCAGAGGACGCGGACGUUGCGAGCGAUUUAGUCCACUGGAAUCAUGCCGCGAUGCAGAAACAGUUGCCGCCCGACGAUCCAAUUCUGAAACGCUGUUGGGAUAUGGGCGUGACGUUUGCAUUUUCGCAGAAGUCGCACCGACAGAAGGUUGCCGUGCCGUAGAGGAUUAUUUUUAUUAUAUUUAUACUGUGCAGAAAAAUGGUUAUGGUGAUAUUGGGAAUUCCAGCAAGAAGGACCUUGAGACAGCUCAUUUUCGUAUGGUAGAUGAUCUUGAUCGAUUGAGUCAGGUGUUUGUGAUGAUGGUUCGAUUAACGCCUGAUCAGGAAGAGAAAUUCUUUCGUUCGUUUCAGACUUUCUAGCCAUCCCUUCUUCGCUAUGCGGACAUGCGGUGACAGUGGUAGUGUUGCUGUUUACUCAGCUGUUUACCUGCCGCCUUGAAGGCACGUUGCUUCAGCGGGAUUGUCUGUCUUAGGCUGACUUCAUGGAAAUCUGUGCCAUGUGGCUAGAGGCGUCUUGUUUCCAUGGCUGUAUAUAUGUUUUUUUGCUAGGAAUUGUGAAGUACGACGAUCUCAGAUACGACAGGCAAUGCGAUGAUCAAUUAAAUAUGCUGGCCUAGUCGCCUAGAAGAAAAAUACAGUGUCCGAGAUUGUCUUCUCGGAAUUUCUGCUAGAAAUAUUAUUGCACGAGCGUGCAUUAGAGGAGACACAUAUUUUGUUUCAUAGUCACCCACAGGUGCAUCAACAAAGACAAUGGGAUUAGAUGAGACCUUUUAUUUACAACUUCAUAUGGUGUGACCUUGACAACGUGUGACAAACGUCGAGAAAGAUGAUUGAAAAGGGAAAUGAGGUCAUGGCGAGCGGCAACUCGAAGAAGAGGCCUAGCGCAGUGAGCACACUGCAUGUGAGAACUUCUGUAAUUUUCAUGUUUAACAUCGACUUAUCACAAAAGGUUAUUUUUCUCAUACAUGUUCACAGGACAAUGCCAGACAGUGUGGCUCCUUGUUUGAAUGUACUUAGGAGUCAAAAGUAUGUUUAUAUUUGUAUAGCAUGUCCAGAAUUUUCAGGAAUUUCAGUUUGUACGCCCAGGAAUGGGAACACUUUCUACAGACAGGGACAAAAGAGAUGGCAACCAUGCUAUCCACUUCAGAAUCAAUUGCGCAGCAUAGCACAUAGUUGCGGUUACACCUCUUGACCGAGUUCAAGCAAACGUAUCAGUACGAGGAGCAGCGAACAGUAUUUUGUAGCAAAAACUCGUAUCCAUCACUUUACAAGAAUAUGAAAUGACUUUGCGAAUGCACAAAAACAUACCUUUCUGUGAAGUUUGAUCACUUCUACAUAAAUUAACAUUGCAGUAGGUGUAAUGUCACCAACCUCCUCCUAUAUUCCACACCGGUGUAUCUUAGGCAUGCCAGUUGUGAGGCGUGCGGGGUAUUCGCAUGUCUGGAGCGCAAAAAUAAUUGUCUAACCUGCUUCCAAUGAAGUGACCUUCUCUAUUUUUCUCGGGAGCCUUUUGUUUGUGCUCAUUGCUCACAAUGUAUUAUGUUACAGAAAAAUUACAAGCCCGAGCUACACAGG